GUGCCGGGCGCGCGCUGGGUGUCGUUGCGGCUACCCUGUGGCGCGAAGGCUGGACCUUUUCUGUCAACACCAAUGCUGGCUUGCGGAGGGCAGAGCCACCUGCCUCCUUCUUCCCUCGAGUCCAGGGAGCUUGGAUCCCAGCUUCCAGAGCACCAGCCUGACCUGCAGGCGUAGCUGCUGCCGCAGCGGAGGACGCAGAGGGAAGAAUUAAAUUUUUCAUCUAUAAUUUGGAAGCUAAGUUAAUAACACAAUGAAGCCAGCAAAGCACUUGCCAAGCUCUAGUAACAACUUGGCAAGUAUUACAGAGUUCAUUUAUAAAAAAGGCCAGCUUAAAUCACCAUCAUCACCUAAAGCAAAAGAAAAACAAGGUGCAAAAUUAGUACAAAAUAAAACUGAACCAAUGACCCUACAGUCUCCACCCACUGCAGAAUCUGUUGUCCGUUAUGCUUUGCCGAUCCCAUCAAUUAAGACAAAUGAAUUAGAUGGAGAAGAUGAAGUAAACAGGAUUAUCAAACAUCUGAAGAUGGUUGUCUCUACUUUGGAAAAUUCCUAUGGAUUUAACUUUGAAAAUGAAGAACUAGUAGUGAAACCUGAACAAGAAGACUUCUCUUUAUCUGUUGGGGAUAAUAUGAAUUCGUUCUUGGUAUGUUGCUCCCAAUUUGCAGCUCAGCUAGAAGAAGCAGCUAAGGAAGAACACCAUAUUUUGGAAUCUCUGUUUAAGUGGUUUCAGGCACAGGUCAAUCAAAUGGAAGAGAUAAGUAAAGAUCAUGAUAUUUUAGAAGAAAAUCUUCCAACAUCUGCUAAAACUGUCAAAGGAAACAUUGCACAAGUAGUAAAGUUAAUUCAAAAACUGCAAACACUAAGAAAUCACCUCAAAGAUGGUUCUAAAUACUCCUUGAAAACUGUGAUGUCUAAGACAAUGAAGGAUGAAGAAAAGCCAUCAAUAAGAAUGGAUAGCUAUGAAUCUGUGGCACAGCAAAUUAAAGAAUUUGUAAAAACCCACUCAACUGAAGAAUCUAUGGAUACUUCUACAACAGAAUCACAAAUUGCUUCUUCAAUGACUAAUCAAGUGAAUGAAAUGUUGAAAAUAUUUGAAAAACAGACAAAUGAGUUGGAGAGAGCUAAGAAUGAUCAAAGUUUGUUAGAGGCUAAAUGCAAACAGAUGCAAAAUGAUUUUGAAUUGCUGUUAGAAGAAAAAUCAGUGAUGGAAAAUGAAUUACAAAAGUGGAAGGAUAUAGAGCAAAAUACACAGAAAACAAAGCCUAUAAAUGAUCAAACAAAGAAAACUGCUAAAACUGCAAAGAAAAAAGGCAAAGAAAAAUCUGAGGAUACAGAAAAAAAGAUAACUGAAGCCCAACAGCUUAAAAUGAAAGAAGAUUUGCUUCAAGUCCAGAAAGUAGCAGAUGACCUGAAAAUUGAGAACAAAGCCCUUCAGGAAAAACUUAAGGAGGCAUUACUGAUCUCUGGCGUUCAAAGUCAAAGACCAAAUGAAGAAAGCUCAGAGAAGAAAAGAUCUAGCCCUGCUAUUUCAGAUCUUUCAGAGACCCUCAAAUCUCAACAAAAAUCAGCUUUAGUGAGUUCAAAUGAAAUUUCAGUUGAUAAAAACGUAUCCCAGAUAUCUCCAUCAGACACCCAGGAUAGUCCAUCAGUAUCAUGGAGCAAAGGAAGUCAAGAUUCAUUCUCCUUUGGAAAAUGGAUUCAGAAGAAAAAAUCAGCUGCAUUGUUGACUGCACUUCCUAUGCUUACUAAAGAUAAAUCAAAGGCUGAUGUAUCAGAAGAGAAAUUACAAAGGAAGACUGAAAAUGAAACGUACCCAACAGCAGAAAAGUUUCAAGUUCUAGGUGAAGAAGCAAACAAAACUCUGCUUGAACAUCAAGAUGCUAUGUCAAAAAAUGGAAUGCAAGUAAGGAAACAAAAAACCUCCAAAGAAGGAAUACAUAGUACUCAAGAUGCAGAACCAGACACAUCUCAUAUGCUUGAACAUCAAGAGGCAGCAUCAAAACUUGAAAUGAAAGUAAAGAAACAAAGUAUUUCUAAAGAAGAAAGACAUAGUACUGAGGAUGAAGAACCAGACAGAAGUCCUGUCCUUGAACAACAAGAUGCAGCAUCAAAACAUGGAAUACAAGUACAGAAACAAGAAGAUUCCAGAGAAAAAAGUCAUAGCAUUCUAGAUGAAGAGGCCAACAAAACUCUCCUUGAACAUCAAGAGGCAGUGUCAAAAAAUGGAAUGCAAGUAAGGAAACAAAAAACCUCCGAAGAAGAAAUACAUAGUACUCAGGAUGAAGAACCAGACACAUCUCCUAUGCUUGAACAUCAAGAUGCAGCAUCAAAACUUGAAAUGAAAGUAAAGAAACAAAGUAUUUCUAAAGAGGAAAGACAUAGUACUGAGGAUGAAGAACCAGACAGAAGUCCUGUCCAUGAACAACAAGAUGCAGCAUCAAAACAUGGAAUACAAGUACAGAAACAAGAAGAUUCCAAAGAAAAAAGUCAUAGCACUGAGGAUGAAAAACCUGACACAACUCCUAUGCUUGAACAGCAAGAUUUGGUGUCACAGCAUGGAACACAAGUAAAGAAACAAAAAAGUUCCAAAGAAAAGCUCCAUAGUACUCAGACUGAAGAAACAGACAAAACUCCAAUGCUUGAACAUCAAGAUGCAGUGUCAAAAACUGGAAUGGAAGUAAAGAAACAAAAAAGGUCCAAAGAGAAAAGAUAUAGUACUCAGGAUGAAGAACCAGACAUAACCUCUACCCUUGAACAUCAAGGUGGAACAUCAAAACCUGGAAUGCAAGUAAAGAAACAAAAAGCUUCCAAAGAAGAAAGACAUAGUACUCCAGAUACACAUGAAGAUCUAGAAUCAGCUGUAGGAUAUGUGGGUCAAAUUCAAACAACUGAAGACGGCCAAGUUGAAGAACUAAAAACUGAAGAUGAAGUGGCCUCUAAACUUCCAGUUACAUUACAAAGCCUUCCAGCAUUGUACCCAACAAUUGAGGACAUAAUAUCUCACUUAGAUUUGGACAAAGUAGUUGAAACCGAUUUAGAACUCUUAAAAGAUGCUUUUGGACAACACUUACAGAAGGAUGAAUUUAAGACACCCUCAUUCUUUUCUCCUGAAACUGAUACAGAUCAGUUCAUAGAGGCAGCUGAAACAGAUAAAUUAAAGAGUGAAUUCAAGAAACAAUUGAAGAAUCGCCCUGCUCCUAACAUAAAACAUUCAACCAGUGCUAAGGUAAGAGGUGUAACAAAGGAGACAGUCAAGCCACAAUUAGAGAAUAAACCAGAGACUGGAACAGAACGCUUCCCAGGUAUUUUUGGAAAAAAUGUAAGGAAAGAGCCAAUGACACAGUUGAAGAGUUAUCCUGAAACUGAUAUAGAACCCUUGACAGAUGUGUUGAGAGGGGGUAUAAAGUUUGAUAGAAUGAAGAUACGACCGAAGAGUCACCUUGAUCCUGGUAUAGUACCCAUGAAAAUUUCUAUUUCAAGACGUAUAAUAAAGGGGCCAGUCAGGCUACAAGUAGAGAGUCAUCCAGAUACUAACAAAGAACCCUUGGCAAUUACUGUUGGUGAAAGUAUAACAAAGGAGCCAGUGAAGACACGAUUAAAGAGUUUUCCAGAUAGAAGCAUUGCACUGUCUUUUAAAAAGCAGAAAUACUGA